UAUUAACCAGGCACAUCCAAGCAGGGAAAGAUGUGGAAAGGAUUACUAAAUCGGGGCCUUGGCGAUCUCCACGUUUGAGGAGGCGCUCCGACCGUAACGUUGGGAUCCCCGGAGAGCAACGGCCGCGCAAUAUCGAGGCGAGGAUUGCCCGGCAGAGACGCUGCUAUGGUCGGGGCUGUUGCGGUGUAAGAAAAAGUCGGCCUCCUCUCUCGCUCUCCGCCCCCCUUCCCUUUUCCCUCCGUUGCUCUGACCCGAGCAGGAAUGCCCAGGGACGCGCCUGACCCAGCCGCCAAGGCGACCUGUGCCUCCAGCCGCUCCAGCGGUGGCCUUUGCUAAAGGCGCCCGCGCUGCUCCAAGAGCUCCACCGCCGCAAUCCCUUCGUCCGCCGGAGCUGCACAAAAGAGUUUAGGCGACUCUUUUUUACCCCCCCCCUCGCCUUUCCCCCCACGUCUCAAGCUGCGGAGGUCGUCAUGUCCCGGAGGAGAGGGCUCCUGCCUUAUCCCGCCGCUGCCUACAUCUGCAUCCUCUCCUCCUUUUUUCACAGUGUUAGAGGUCUCAAUGUUUGCACAAGUGGCAGUGCUACCUCCUGCGAAGAAUGCUUGCUUGUUCAUCCCAAGUGUGCUUGGUGCUUUAAAGAGGAAUUUGGCAGCAAAAAAUCCAUCACUUCAAGAUGUGACUUCAUUGAAAAUCUGAUUGCCAAUGGUUGUGCGGGGCACUUUGAGAGUACAAAAAGCAGCAUUGAUAUAGUGAAGAACCUUCCUUUGAGCAGUAUGGGCUCUAGUGGGGCUAAUUCAGAUGUUACCCAGAUAAUGCCUCAAAAGAUCUUGCUGAAUCUGCGGCCUGGAGACCCAACUCCUUUCCACGUGCAAGUUCGACAGAUCGAGGACUACCCUGUGGAUCUAUAUUAUUUGAUGGAUCUUUCCCUCUCCAUGAAGGAUGAUCUGGAGACCAUUCGGAACCUGGGAACCAAGCUGGCUGAAGAGAUGGGAAAGUUGACCAGCAAUUUCCGCCUUGGGUUUGGCUCUUUCGUGGACAAGAACAUUUCUCCCUUUUCCUACACAGCACCCAGAUACCAGAACAACCCCUGUACUGGUUACAAGUUAUUUCCAAGCUGUGUUCCAUCCUUUGGAUUCCGCCAUCUUUUGUCCCUCACGGAUCAAGUCGACAGGUUCAAUGAAGAAGUUCAGAAACAGAAGGUUUCCCGUAAUAGGGAUGCCCCAGAAGGUGGCUUGGAUGCAAUCUUGCAGGCUGCUGUGUGUGAGAAGGAGAUUGGAUGGCGGAAGGAGGCUUCUCACUUGUUGGUCUUCACUACAGAUGAUGUUCCACAUGUUGCACUGGAUGGGAAGCUGGUUGGACUGGUCCAGCCACAUGAUGGGCAGUGUCACCUGAAUGAGGCCAAUGAAUACACUGCAUCCAAUCAGCUGGAUUAUCCUUCCCUUGCACUUCUUGGAGAGAAACUAGCCGAGCACAAUAUCCACCUCAUUUUUGCAGUGACAAAAAAUCACUAUGUUCUUUACAAGAACCUUACAGCUCUUAUCCCUGGAACAACAGUAGAGAUUUUAUACCAAGACUCCAGAAAUAUUAUUCAGCUCAUAGUCAAGGCCUACAAUAGUAUUCGGUCUAAAGUAGAGUUAACUGUCUGGGAUAACCCUGAGGAUAUCAACCUGGCUUUCACAGCCACAUGUCAAGAUGGUUUGUCAUAUCCUGGAGUCAGGAAGUGUGGGGAUCUUCAGAUAGGAGACACGGUUUCCUUUGAGAUCUCAGUAGAAGCUCGGACUUGCCCUGCUGAGAAUACCUCGCAUACCUUCACUAUCAAGCCGGAUUGGUUUCGGGACACUUUAGAGGUGACUGUCACCUACAACUGCACGUGUGGAUGUACCAAGCAAAUAGAGCACAGCAGCAGCAAGUGCAGUGGAAAUGGCACACAUGUGUGUGGAUUAUGUGACUGUGAUCCAGGCCACGUGGGAGCCAAGUGUGAAUGUGAGGAGGGGGAGAGUGGCAACAUGUACCAGAAUAUGUGCCGUGAGGCUGAAGGGAAACGUGUCUGCAAUGGCCGGGGGGAAUGCUCCUGCAACCACUGUGUCUGCUACGAGAGUGAAUUUGGGAAGAUCUACGGGAUGUACUGUGAGUGCGAUGACUUCUCCUGUCCAAGAUAUAAGGGCAUUCUCUGCUCAGGUCAUGGUGAAUGCCACUGCGGGGAGUGCAAGUGUCAUCGUGGUUAUAUUGGGGACAACUGCAACUGCUCAACGGAGACAGACCGAUGCCUUUCCAAUGAUGGCCAGAUGUGCAGUGGCAGAGGCAACUGCAUCUGUGGGAAAUGUCAGUGCACAGAGCCUGGUGCCUUUGGGGAGACUUGUGAGAAAUGUCCCACCUGCCCAGGUGUAUGCAGCACUAAAAGGGACUGCAUUGAGUGUACGCUGUUUAACUCAGGAAGGCUGGCUGAUAACCAAACCUGCCAAAAACACUGCAGGGACGAGAUCAUUACUCGAGUGGAUAUUCUCAAAACCGAUGACCCCCAUUCAGUCUUGUGUGCUUACCCUGUGAAAGACUGUGUGAUGAAGUUCACCUACUCAGAACUCACCAGCGGGAAGACCAAUAUCACUGUUCUCAAGGAACCAGAGUGCAGCACUGCCCCUGAUGCUGUGAUGAUCUUACUGGCUGUGGUAGGCAGCAUUGUGCUCCUAGGCAUUAUCCUCUUAGCAAUUUGGAAACUGUUGGUCACUGUUCACGAUAGGCGGGAGUUUGCCAGAUUCCAAAGUGAGCGUUCCCGGGCAAGAUAUGAAAUGGCUUCCAAUCCUCUUUACCGCAAGCCCAUUUCUACACAUAGCUUAGAUUUCACAUUCAAUAAGAUCAACAGGACCUCUAAUGGUACAGUUGAUUGACAGAAUCCUCGAGGCUGGAUGAGAGAAUGGAAUGCUUGAUCACUGCUUGGCUUUUCAGCACUUCCCAAGUGGAAGACAGAAUCCUCCACAGUGGAACAAUACCUUAAAAUGAGACUUGAACAUCAGCAGAGGGCUUCUAAGUUGCACAUUAAGGACCAAUGGCCAGCCGCCCACGUGCUCUUCAGAUCUCUCACCCAAAGCCACACUAAGGUUCUCAGAACCAAUUCUCACUGGCCUAGAACUGUUUUGAAGCCUUGAAAGUGCCAGAACAUUGAACAACGUGCCAUAUAGCAGCUUCAGCCAUAUCGCAGUAGGACACAAUAUGCAGGCCCAAUUCAUAGGGAUAUUGUGUCACUGACGGUUUUUAGAGGAAAAACUAGCAUUGGAGAGGGUGGUGGAAGCGGUUUUUUUUUUUUUUUAAAGAUCCAGGUGUUAUAAGUCUUUAGAAUAAAUUUUUAUAUAAAAAAAUAAAGCAAUUGCAUAUAUA